ACCACCGACCACUGACCACAUCCUUUUGCCCUAUUCAAUUAUCAUCGUCGCCUAUUACAACCUGGGAGACUAUUUACAUUCUACUCUCAGUUUUAAAAAACUGUUAAACUUUAAAAUCGUCCUUGAGAAGGCGGCUACGAUGGCGUCUGGGUCGGUUAUUCCGGCAAAUAGAGGAAGAAGAAAUAUGAACGACGACGACAAACUUCAGUUUGAGGCUACUGAAGGUAUCGAACCUGUUAACAGUUUCGAUAGAAUGGGGAUUAAAGAUGACCUUUUGCGUGGGAUCUAUGCUUAUGGUUUUGAGAAACCUUCUGCUAUUCAACAACGUGCUGUUAUGCCUAUUAUUCAAGGUCGCGAUGUUAUUGCGCAGGCUCAGUCUGGUACUGGGAAAACUUCUAUGAUUUCCUUGGCUGUUUGUCAGAUGGUUGAUACCUCUACUCGCGAGGUUCAAGCAUUAAUCUUAUCACCUACACGAGAGUUGGCUUCUCAAACAGAAAAAGUUAUUAUGGCCAUCGGUUUACACAUGAAUAUACAAGCUCAUGCAUGCAUUGGAGGGAAAAGUGUAGGUGAGGAUAUUAGGAAAUUAGAGUAUGGAGUUCAUGUGGUUUCAGGAACCCCAGGUAGAGUUUGUGACAUGAUCAAGAGGAGAACACUUAGAACCCGAAAUAUCAAACUUUUAAUUCUUGAUGAGUCUGAUGAGAUGUUGAGCAGGGGUUUUAAGGACCAGAUUUAUGAUGUCUAUCGUUACCUUCCACCAGAGCUUCAGGUUGUGCUGAUCUCGGCCACCCUCCCCAAUGAAAUACUGGAAAUCACCAAUAAGUUCAUGACAGAUCCUGUUAAAAUCCUUGUAAAGCGUGAUGAGUUGACUUUAGAGGGCAUCAAGCAAUUCUUUGUUGCAGUUGAGCAGGAAGAUUGGAAGUUUGAUACUCUUUGUGAUCUUUAUGAUACCCUUACAAUUACUCAAGCUGUUAUCUUUUGCAACACUAAGCGCAAGGUGGAUUGGCUCACUGAAAAAAUGCGAAACAAUAACUUCACUGUUUCAUCCAUGCAUGGUGAUAUGCCUCAGAAAGAACGAGAUGCUAUUAUGAAGGAGUUUCGUGAUGGGGAUACUCGUGUUCUGAUAACGACAGAUGUUUGGGCUCGUGGGAUUGAUGUCCAACAGGUUUCUUUGGUUAUCAACUAUGAUUUGCCCAAUAAUCGAGAACUUUAUAUCCACCGGAUAGGUCGAUCUGGUCGUUUUGGACGCAAGGGUGUUGCGAUCAACUUUGUCAAGAAGGACGAUAUCAGAAUUUUAAGAGAUAUCGAGCAAUAUUACAGUACCCAAAUUGAUGAGAUGCCGAUGAAUGUUGCUGAUUUGAUAUGAGAUCGACGUGUGCAUUAUUGUGGUGUGAAGCGAGAUAAGAUCGACUUGUGCAAUAUUGUGUGGCAUGAAGCAGGACUUGUUUUCCCUUUGCCUGAGAAUGGGUUGCCUUUUAGCGUGGCAAUGAGAUGUAAUUGUGUGGAUUGAUGGACUUUUAGUCCUCUUUUCUAUGUAGUUGAAAAGAAUUUGCCUAUUCUCUGUCUACUGUUUUUGAUUUGCUUAAAAAUUCUGCUUUUGUUUCCAAGAGGACAGUGGCCAUUUUCCUGAGUCUCUUGUUGAUUCUUUGUUUUAAAAAUAACUGCAAUUCAUAAGAGACUAA